CUCCGACUUCUUCACUGCCGGCCUGCUUCAUUAUCGGCUUUCAACCAAUCAUGUCAUAUUUUCAGAUGAGCAACACUAAACAAAGUUCCUCUCGACAUAGGCGGCGGCCGAGGACGCUACCGAUGGGGAAAGCAUGCGAGGCAACAUUCGCAACGCAAGUUCUGACAUCACCGGUCCCUUUGCCUUCUCACAUCUCCGAGGGGCCGCCAUCUUCUCCGUCGAGCACAAGGCCCGGCCACCAUCUCUUUUCGCAGGAUUGAAGUGGAGGAAUCUGCAUAUCCAGAACUUUGGGUAUGGCAUCAGCAGCUCUUAAAUCACCUUACCAUGUUAAGCUUAGGAAACCCAGAUUUCGUUGUGCUUUUCGGUCUUUGGCAAGUACAAGUUUUUCCUACUGAAAGAAAUGCAACAAUAACUCUUCGUAGCACUGUGUCGAGAUUUGACAUCUCUGAGGCACUUCCUAGAUUGAGGAAAGAAGGCAAGGUGGUUGUUCCACAAUCAUCUUCCACUACUGCUUUAUUCUCGGGAUAUAAACAAAUUCUGAAGUUUGCAACUGAGAAGUUCAAAUCCAUCAUUGGGAUUCAUGGUCAGCAUCCUCCUGGGAUUUUUAACGCAAUCAUUAGUUACAAACGGGAUGACACGCGUGACUUUGUGAGCCAUCUCAAGGGUGCUCUUGAGCGGAGGGGGAUAAGAACAUUUGUUGAUUAUAUACUGGAUGAAGGACAAGAGAUCCUGCCAGCGAUUGAAGAAGUGAUCAAGCAGUCAAAUAUUGCCAUUGUGGUUGUCUCUCAGAAUUUCCAUACCUCACCAUGGUGCCUUAAUGAGCUGGUGAAGAUCCUCAAAUGCCAAAAAAAGCGGGGUCUGAUCGUAUUUCCCAUUUUCUGUGGCAUCGAUGCAAGGGAGCUGCGGGAGCAGUUCAGUCCUUUUGUGGAGAAUAUUGGCCAAGGCGAAGAGGGUUUUAAGCAGGAGAAGCCAUGCCAGGUCCGGAGGUGGAAAAAAGCUUUGCGAGCACUGGGCAUGAUCAAUGGCUUUCCUGUUAGUGCCUGUUCGGAUAAAACUGAAGCUGAAUUGGUCGAGGACCUUGCGGACAAAAUCUCAGCCAAGCUGACCCGGUGGGUGUGAACGUUGCUUCCCAUCCAGCGGGGUUAGUUUCAAUCUCAAGUUGAAGAUCCUAAACGUAUAUGGAGGGGGGAAGGUUUUGCAGGAAGGUCUGUAAUGUAGUGUCGUUACAUUAUAGCAUUUAGGUUACUUUGGUUGUCUGGUGAUUUAUACAUUAAAAU